AUGGCAGAUACUCUGUACGAUCUCUUGAAACCUCAUCUUCCCAGCACCACGAGUACCACGACAUCCUCAUCUACAAAUGUCACCUCGUCCGACAUCUCGAAAUAUCUGACGCGCCUGGUGUCCCUCCGACUCGAGGACCUGACCACGACGGAACCCGAAUCACUCAGCCAAGCGGCCCAGUCGAAUCUCCUGUCGAUCCAAGCGCUGAGUUCGCGGUCUCACCGCACGACGACCACUUCAUCCGACCACCUGUCCACGCUCCGGUCAUCUCUCCCGCAACUGUCGUCCUCCAUACAAGCCAUCCGCCAAUCCAUCCCAGCACUGGACUCGAAAGCAGUCGAAUUCGCGUCCUCGUACAACCGGUCUAAGGACGACACCAGCGGUUCCGGAAAUGCGCUUCUCAACUCCCGACGCGAGGCUGCCCUGCUGGCCCGCCAGGCCGACAAGGUGCAGGACAUCCUCGAGCUGCCGUCGUUAUUGUCGGCUGCCAUUGCCUCGGCCGGCAGCAUGACAGGUACGACAACGACAACGACAACGACAUCAUCUGGAGCGAACUACACGCAAGCCCUCGACCUCUUCGCGCACAUCAAGCGCCUCCAGAUCCUGUAUCCGGACUCGCAGCUGGUCAAGUCCGUGGUCGGCGACGCCGAGGUUGCCAUGAAGGACAUGACGACGAAUCUGAUCGCCAGUCUACGAGGACAGAAUAUCCGUCUUGCCGCUGCCAUUCGCAUGAUCGGCUGGUUGCGCCGAGUGGCGCCCGAACUGGGCGAAACGAACACGGCAACAACCCCAAGCAGCGGCAGCAGCUAUGUCCGGUCGAAGCAGCAGCAGCAGCAGCAACAAGUCAAGCUACCAGGUCUAUCCACGACCACUUCAGCAACUCAGGCGCAGCAAGGGGAAGGCCAUUUCGGCGCUCUCUUCCUCUGCGCACGGCUGUGCACUUUUCUGUACAUGACCGAGGCGCUGGCUCCACUACGCGACCUCGCCGAUCAAGAAACAGAAGCAAGCAAGUCGCUGGACAGGAUCAACAGAACCAAGACAUCGGCGUCGUCGUCAGCGUCAUCCACUACUACCACCAGUCGCCCGGAGCAGACACGCAAACCCUCGACAAGCGGAAACCCCCUGCACGGGCAACAUACAGAGCGCUAUCUGAAGCGGUACAUCGAAAUCUUUCGCGAGCAAUCUUUCGCCACCAUCAGCAUGUACCGCAACAUCUUCCCGCAAGAAGAAGAAGAGGGAUUGGGUGGUAGUGCUGUGCAUGGACAUCAAUCCCAUAAACAUUCCGGAUCUCACCCUGCGAAUGACUCUCAAGCACACGCCAAGAUGUCUUCCCUCCUAUUAUCUCUCUCGCUACCGCCAGCUCUCCAGUCCUUCCCACUGCAUCUGGUCGAGGUGUUCAUGGCCACUCUGAAACAGUAUCUCCCGAACGUGACGGACCCGUCUGCGCGUGAAAGUCUGCUCAUGCAAAUUCUGUACGCGGCCAACAGUCUAGGUCGGCUCGGCGCGGACUUUAGUCUGAUGAUUGCCUUGCUUGACGAGGAUGAAGUGGACGGCGAAGACGAGCAACAAGAGAGAGAAGUGGGAGAAGUGGGAGAAAAAGAAGAAGAAGACGAAGAAGUGGUCACCGAUGUGGUGGAAGGCGAUAAUGCCACGGAAACCAAAGUAGAAUCAGGGCCAACCUCUGAAGCAGAGGGAAACGAGGUCAAGGCUCAAGGGCAUACACAAGCUAAGACCGACCAAGCUGAUGACGAGGAGACCGUUACUGAAGGUGCUGUCUCCGAGCCUUCGUCCCAUGCUGAGCAUCAACCCAUACGGGAGCCGGAAUGGGUUUCGGUCAUCAAGAAACACCGCGUGCAAGCUGCCAGGCUGGAGGCGCUGGCAGCCGGACAAGACAAACUUGUCCAACGGCGCGAGUCGGCGGAUAUUGUUGUACGAUAG